GGAGCGCAGGCAGAUCUCCAGCUCCUUCCACAUCCGUCUUGUUACGUCACCAUAAAACUUCCCCUUUGACUCCACCCACCUGCGUCGUCUCCAGCUCGCGGAGAAGCCUUAGCAACAGCGUUCUAAUUGGCCGAAGGGAAUUUCCCAGACAGCAGCCAGAAGCAACGACGUAACCAGUGAUUGGCUUUGCGCAGCCACUGAGUGGACCAAUUGCAGACAAGCGCUGCGUAAUUCAAAACGCGAACUCUGAGCGGUAGUUACGUAGACUAAACUGACUCACUUGGCGGUCGCCCUUUUGCGCGAAACUUUUCGGUUGUGUUGCCGCGGCUCCCAGGAACAUGUCAUACAAAAAUAUCUAUUACUCCGAUAAAUACACGGACGAGAAGUACGAGUACAGACAUGUCAUGUUGCCUAAAGAGAUGGCAAAACAAGUGCCAAAAACACAUUUGAUGUCCGAAGAGGAGUGGAGAAGGCUGGGCGUGCAACAAAGUCUUGGUUGGGUUCAUUAUAUGAUCCAUGAACCUGAGCCUCACAUACUGCUUUUCAGAAGACCACUUCCAAAAGACCAACAGAAAUGAACUGCUCUUCACUUCUACCUUUUGGGACAAUCUGUAUAUAUUGUAAUAUUCAAUGAAUACAAUGACUAUGGCCAUCGCAACCACAGCUGUGCAAGAGCUGUAUUCUAAACAGCACAAGAGCUCAGUUAAUACAUCUGCUUGAUGGAGCUGCUAUUUUUUAUUUUUAUUUUCCCCCUUUUUUCGUCUGCUGUCAUUUCUGUGUGAAUUUUAUUUCUUACACCACUGUUUAAUUAAUAAAGUUCCAAUGUUCCUCACUGCAACUGUAAGUUUACCUUCUGGGUAAAUGUUUCAUUUGGAGUAAAUGUUAAAACUGUUUUGCUUUUCAGUUAUGACUUGUUUUCUUAAUGUAGACCAAAAGCACCCUAGUUUUAGAAGAAUUGCCACUUGCUGUGAAAUAGCACAAGACACAGAUUCCUACAUUAAGGAGUACAGGCUUAUACUUCUGUUUGUCUAAAUGAAGUUAUUUGCAAAGGAUAUAAAGUGUCGACUAUUGAUGUUUUCAAGUCUGGAUGUUUUGGAUGCUGCCUUCACAAUGCAUACAAGAGUCAUUGUUGAAUAGUUAAAGAAAUCGGGCUGCCCUGGCUUUAAGAGUACUUUUUUGUUCACAAGACAGAAAUGCUGCUGAAAAUCUGUAGGGUUUAUGCAGACCUUGGUACAGAUUUGCUACUGCAGAUUUUCAGAGCAGAAAAUGUAAACAGUGUUUAAGAAGAAAAAUACCUACUGAUGUAACCAUCCAGUGUUUUUCUUUUCAGUUGCCCACUUCAACCUUACUUUUCUUACUCAGUCUGUAAAAGUACCAUCUGCCACAUGCUAUAGACACCAAUGACUGUUUAAAUUUGCAUGUAUGAUCUUUGUGUUGCAUCUCAAUAAAACUGAAAGCCCUAUUCUUGUGGCUACA